GGAGGGCUGAGGGGAAUAGCUAGACGAAAGGUGAACAAAGAGAAAAGACUAGAAAGGUUUUUAAUAUAUGUAUUAAAUAGUGGAAAUUCAUUCAAGAAGGAAAAUGAAACAGAAGCUGAAUUUAUGCGAAAAAAAGAAACGCCAGGCAGAAACUGAAGCCGAGUCUUCUUAUAAAAAAGGGGUAAAACGGAAUGACGCAUUUUUUCCAAAUUUUGUGAGCCUGUUCCCCUGUGGUGUACUCCAAGAGGCGGGAGAAUCGUCUGUUGUUGUUGUAGUCUGCCAUUUUUUAGCCAGAUUUGUCUUCAUAAUAUUUAUCGUACUGUAUUCGUUUGUCGAGACUGCUUUGCUUAUCAAACAACAGCAGUGAUACUGUAUUCCUUUUUUGGAUCACAGAAAUGGGCUGGCAUGAUCUGGAUAUCGAUGCUGGGUUGGUGGGUGGAGAAGAAACUCAAAGAUUUGGUCCUAGGAACGAAAAAGGCUCAAGUCUGUACCAAGUUGAUACAUUAGCUUGCAUCAGCCCAAAGGAAGACGAAGAGCACUUGGGGUGUCCUACAGUUUCUUCUAUUGCAAAUCAAGCUGGAAUCUGUCUUGUCAUUGGAAACAAUGUUGUGCUGUUCGAUGAAAGUUGUAGUGCUCCAAAAGUUCACUUUUCUUUUGGCACUAAUGUGGAUGCAGUUGCAUGGAAUUCAGACUCAAACUUCAUGGCUGUGGGAGAAAGCUCUGGUGUUUUGAAUCUGACUCAUAUCCCAUCUAAGCAAGUCAUCUUUAGUCAGAAUAUUUUGAAUAAUGAAACACAGAAGUUCAGAAGUUUAGUCUUCAAUCAAGGAGAUGCAGGGCUGUAUGAAUUAAAGCUUCUUCCAAGCCAAGGAUUUCUCAUUCAAUUAAAGAACAUAAAUUUGAAACAACUUGAUGACGCUAUUUCAUCAAAAGAUUCUGACGGUACAAAGGAGGUUUUGAAGCAGAUUUCGCGCGAGAUUGUCAAUGUGUCCACUGUGCACUCGGAAUCACUUGACCAUAUCAUUGACUACGAAAGAGAGAAAGGAGAAGAAUUGCUCAUUGCUGGGCAAGGUGAUUAUGGCUUGAGUGUAUGGGAGAAUGAUGAUGAUGGUAAAAUUUCGAUGGCUGACGUAGCCUGUGACUACUUUGAUCAAGGCACUGGGUAUUUGAAAUGCCUUCUAAGCCCCUCUGGAGAAUAUUUUAUUGCUUUGGACACGGAGCGUCGCAUACGUUUAUGGUCAACGGACACAUUAACGCCACUGAUUUUCUACAAUGAUGUUCAAGUGAAAGAUUUCAUUCUCUAUUGGACAAAUCCGGUGGAAGAAGAUGCGAGGACAAAGGAUUCCUCAGAGGAUAUCAAGCUGGUGGUAUUAACGAUGCCAGAAAAUAAGAAAUCCCUGCUUCAAGUCUACUCACUGCCAAACUUUGAGCAUGUGUACACGUUGCAAGUAUCCGCCUGUUCUACACUUGCCUCAGUGGACUCCCAACUGGACACUAUAUAUUUCAUCGAAGGCGUAGAAGACUGUGGGAGCUUUUUCGAAGAUGAAGUGGUUAAGGAUGAGAUGGACAUUUCAAGCAUUCGUCUGCGAUGCCUUACUGAAGCACUGCCAAGCAGCAGGUUUAUGAGACUUCUCCACAAACAGAAGUUUGAUCAGGCCAUUGAAUUUGCUAAACAAUAUAACCUUGAUGUGGAGCUCGUCUAUUGUGUAAAAGUGUCCGCAAUAUUAAACCAACUUGAGCCCUGGGGAAGAUCAGGCCCUAAAACAGAUGAAGAAUACGAAGAUAGUAUUAAAGAAUUGAAGAAAUGUUUGGACAGAAUAACGGAUACAUCACAGAUAAUUAACUACUGUAUUGAUGCUACACUCAGGACAUUCGAUGCAACAUUUGAUCUCUUAAAAUAUGCAAAGAAAAGACUGGACUCCAAAGAUGGAAGCUGGACAUCAACUGCCAAUGUACAGUCGCUUCUGGAUGCUUUGAACCGAUUAAUAACAUUUGAAGUCGCAUUUGGCUCAAAAAAGUUCAGCGCUGAUGCAUGGAAAUCCUUCUUAAAUGCCUCCCUCUUGAACGAGGUGAUGAAUUGUUUCGAAACUAAUGUUGCUGCAGCCAUUGUCAUUUGGCGUCGACAUCAGUCUGAGCUCGAGGCUGUAUUUACAUCCGCAAAACUAGAGCCACUUCUCUCCUCAAUACCCGAAAGUACACCGUCAAGUAAGAUCAUCAAAUGGCUGAAAGAAGAUUUUGUUCCUUUUGUUUUAACCAAAGUGCCUGAUGGACAGGUUCAGCUAGUGAAGUGGCUUGACGCCAGAGCAAGGAACAUGGAAAUUACAGAAAAAGACAACUGGCCUCACAAUGCACUAGAAUUGGCUGAGGUCAUGUUCAAGACAUUCUCCGAUGUGGCCAAAAGUAAUUAUGGUCAAGGAAAUGCCACCCCUGCACAAUUUGCCAUGCAAGUUUGCAAGCUCAGUAUACCGUGCUGUGCUCCAGAUAAAGAUUCUCGGACUGAGCAGGAGGAUUCCCUAGCAGCGGCUAUGACGAGAAUUGCGGAAUUGGUAACAAGUCUUAGAGAAAUCAGCUCACUCGAUAGCCAGUAUGCUUGUAAGCUUAGCCUCCGUGCAUAUCAAAAGGAAAAUACAAAGACAAUUGCAUUUAGAUUGCUUGACAGAGUUCUUGUGCCUGAACUGAUUCCUGCUACCGUCGAAAAAUACGUCAAGCCGUAUGCGGCAAAACACAGCCUCAUUGCAGAUGAAUUACUCCUUGCAUACGUAGAUGAUCUAAUCGAAAGGCAACCCAGAAUAUCUUCUUCAAUCUGGCAUUCAAAGCUAAUUGCCAUCACGGAAUGCAUCAAAAACAAAGAGCUGAAAUGUACAGCUACAAUGCGAAUUAUGAGUGUUGCCACAAGCCCUUGGAGCUCCGAUGUCCAAAAGCUGGUAAACGCGAUGAUUGAGUCACAUCCUAACAACGAAGAGCUUAAGCACAAGUACAGGUUUGCCGAACUAAAGACGACUAUGAUGAAAUAUGGCAUAAGAAAUUAUGGUGCUGCAGGUGCCGUUAAAGGAGAGGACACUAUUCGCUACAUUUUCAAAUGCGACAUUGAAAGUGCAUUGGAAGAUGCAAUCCAAGUGGCUAACACCUACAUCAUUGAUCAUAAAACUGUCUAUUUUCAUCGAAUUGAGUACUGGAUCAUGAAGGAUAAGAUUGAGGAGAGUUGCAACCUCUUGCGGUCUUUAGAUGUAAAAACCAGUGUUGCUGUUGCCAGUUCCAUAAUUUCCUGGACAAUUAUCACCCUUGAAGAUGCACCUUUGGAUGACGAGGACAAGAUAAGCUACAACAGAAGAGUUCGUGCAGCAGUUGAAAUCGGCCGUACGGUCUCAUCACUAGAUUCUUGUUUCAAGAGAGACAAGCAAGAACUGAUCCAAACUUUGCAUAACAUCCUUGCUCUGCAGUUAAGUUACGGUAUUUAUAUAUCGCUGGAAGACUAUAAUGAUCAGGAGCAAAAAGACGGAAUUUGGAAAGACUUUGUUUCUGAAACAGCUAAAGAAAAUGAAAAAUCAAAGCUGGUAACCAAUGAAACGAAAGACAUCUCAAUUAGAUCUGCAAACGCUGCACGACUUGCAGAUCUGCUUGGUUUUGAUGACGUCGCAAGACAAAAACAAGAGAUUGCAGUGUAUCUCAGUAAAGGAAACACCAAAGAAGCAUUGAAGAUAUUAAGGAAUGCAAGAAACGGUAUUCCAUCCAAAAAGCAGCUCUCACUCUUCAGGGAAACUUUGCUGUAUUUACUAAGUGAGAGAUGGAAUUCAGAUGAGAAAGAACACCUUCGGCAGUGGUUGUGUUAUGUUGGCGAUGCUCAUCGGCUUGCUGCCUUUGCUACUUCUGCAUGCCCAGAAGACGAACUGAGAGACUUUCUGGAAAUCACACAGCAGUUUAGACUGGCAUUGUCGGUCUCCGAACAGUGUGAAAGUGCAGACUACCGUCACGAUGCUUUUAGACAAACCGACAUUUUUUCGAAAUGGACUAUCACUGAAAGAUAUGAAGACGAUGGCAUGGUUCUCUAUUCCCAAGAAAUCAUACCGUUAUUACGAAAAUAUCAUAAACUCUGUUUUCAAGAUAUUGACCAGAAUGCAAAAUAUGAGACAAACUGCGUGUCAGGUAGUUUUACGGUUGGAGAAGUCUUGAAAGACCUUGCUGGAUCAAGCAACAGUAUCGUUAAAGUUCUCAGAGAAAACAACCACCAAACUCUGGCAUUGCAGUACAUUUUAAAGGCUUUAGGAAUAUGUCUUCAGUCUGUUAAUUGUUGUGAUGUUGGGUUCCCGAUUCCUGAGGAGAUAGAACCCCAGAUUGCAUCCAGCAAGAAGAUGUUCUCCUCCAUGCUGCCAUUUGCCAACCAGAGUAUUCAUGAAAUAAUCAACGGCCUGUUUACCAAGGUGUUGACACAUCGUCACAUUGACCACGAUCUUGGGCUUGGCUACCUUUGUUCCCUACCAAGUAAAAAUGGCAUAGAGACGAUGACUGCAUUGAAAGGAAAGUUCGGUAGCAAGUAUCGGAGAAUGGAGGCUGGUGCUUUGAUUGGCGUUGACUACGCAGGCCUCAGAAGUGACACGGAGCUUCUCAAAGCUUGUCAGCAGUUGCAGGAUUGCGCGUAUUGGGGAAAGAAGUUUGUUUCUCUUAAGAUUCCACUAAAGGAUGUAUACGGUAUGUUUCACCUUAGUGUGGAAGAGAAAGAGGCAUUGGUACAGAGGCUGGCGUCCAAUCCAAAUGUUAAUGUCACUGUUCUCAUAAAGUUUUGCAGAACAUUCCGAUACGAUGUGGAUGAAGCCCUUUACACGUAUAUCAGAACGUUGCUGUUGCCUGCCAGUGGCUCGAAAGGUGAUCCAGCGUAUAGAGAGAAGGUUUAUGAAGCAUUCCAGCAUGUUGAAUCAACAGAAAAUCUCUACAAAGCUCUGCAGUCUAGCUUGAAUUUGAUAAAUCCAUAUGAUUAUGAACGGCUCUUCGUUGUCAUUGAAAAGAUGGAAGAUAUCAAGCCUGGAUCAGUCAAUGUGCUGAAAAAGCUGUUCGAUCUCUUAAAUUCAUACGAGAGAUGUUCCCCACCAGCUGAGUUUGAACUGUCUCUUUCAAGUCACUCAGAGGAUGAGCAGCUUCUUCAUGGCUCAGGAAGUAGACUCCCAGAAGCCGCUAAAGUACGUCUACCUUUCCAUCCGUUGAUGGGCGAUUCUCCUUGGAAACUUUUGUCCCCUGAGCUCAAGUCUGAAUCAGUUGUAAGGAAAAUAGAAAGCAUCGUUAGGUGUAUGCAGCUGGAUACAAACGUGCUUUAUACCAAUGCUAUCCACAACAUCGUGAGCAACAGUUUUCAGGGCGAAGGAAAAGAGAGUACUUUCCCAAAAGAUGAACAGAAGGAAUUCAAGUUUGACUCUGUCAAAGGGUUGCUUGCGAGUGUUUCUGAUACCAAAAUGGCAAUAGCUGCUGCAAAAUGGGUUGCUAAAUUGCUUCCAACUGGAGAUGAAAAAGUCAAAGCACUUAAAGCCUGUGUUGAUCUUUGCAAAGAGCUUGAGCAAUCGUGUGACGAGUCCGAAUUACAGACUGUCAAAGACUGGACUCGCAAGUUUGGAAGCUUAUGCAAAAGAACCGAAGUUGCAGCCUUGCUCUCAAAGCACGGGAUAUUGGAUGAAGCAUACAGAAACUUGACUCUACAGCCGGCUGCACUGAUUUGUAAAUUGUACGAAGACUUUGGAUGCAAAGCUGAGAUUGUGAAUGGCAGAGUUACAGGGAUCCCAGAUAUCCACCAAAUAGCGCAGGAGAUAGCUACAAUCAACAACACCAACCUGCACAAAGUAAAGAUGUAUUUGUUAGAGAACUGGCUACCUAGCAGCGCAAAGCAAAGCAACCAAGAUGGUGACACAACCAUAAUUGAUACCACUGUAGCAUCUGAAGAGCUCGAUGCAGAUAACCUCAAAAGGGUGAUAUACAUCUUGAACAACAACUCACAAGCAGACAAUGCUGGGCUUUUGCUGCUCUUUGCAUUUGACGAAAAGUCUUCUUCAACCCUGACAUACACAUGCAAGAUUCGAACUCUCCAGGCCUUGUUUUCCCUUGUGUCUGUUGAGUCUAUCGAAGGCUCUUCAGGACAAGGUCUGAAUGUGGAGCAAAUCCGCAAACACUUGACGUCUAUCGUGUACGCUGCUGAGCUUGAGGCAUUGCAUUUACCACAAGAUUUGAAUGCAUUUUCUCGUUGCAACAAAGAGGGUCUUGUUAAAGGUUUAUGGAGAAAUCACAGUCACGAGCCCAGGGGUCUUCGGUUGAUCAGGAAUCUAUGCCUUGACUACAAGAUUUACGACGUCCAGUUGUGGAAUAUACUUCUACCACAAUUUCUUGCCUUUGGAAUGAUUGAUUAUUUGCGGCAUACUCUCGUCGUUUUGUGCGGUAUUCCCGAAUUAAGAGAGAUACCCUGCCUAGCGAAAAUGUGGGAAAGUGUAAUUUUGGCACCGUUUUCUUCAGUCUCAACACCACUCUCAGAUGAAGAGGAAGCUGGUUGUUUGGAGUCGGCCAAUUUGAUACAGAGAUGUCCUGUCAUACUUGAUUUAAACAUGCAAGAUAUUGCCAUGCGUUACCAGAAGAUUGAGAUGCAUCCACAUGCUUUGGCCUGCUUGACGCUUAUCCCUGAGGCUGCUGUCAAAGAUCAUUCCAUCGAUAAAUUAUUGAGAAAUGUUGGAUGUUUUGCUAUUCUGGAACAAAUUGAGAAAGAAAGGAAACGUGAUCGAUUUGAUAGUCAUUUGGAGCACGUUCAAGAGGAGGUAUUCUCUUAUAUUAACAAGACCAAGAUGUUCAAGGAGAUUCACGGCUCUCCAUUCUUCCAGAAAUUCGUUGCUUAUCUUGCAGAUUCUAAUCAAUUAAAUGACUUGCUGAUGGAGGCAGUUAGAAAUGGCAGAAUUAAAAAUGCAAUACAGCUGGUGAAUUGGUACGAGAAAAUGCACAUGGCUGCUGGGCCAACUGAGAAACAGAAUGCUCCAGAACUAAGGGGAAUUCAACGUUUGAUGGUUUAUUUGCAAGAUCACAACCUGUUCGAGGAAGCUUUGCCAUACAUUUCCCAACUUGACGAUGAUGAAUACUCUGUCCAGAUUUAAUACCAUUUUUGUUACAAGUUCUACAUGCUGUGAAGAGUUGAAUACCUAAACCAGUAUCAAUGUAGACGAGUUUUAUUGCAUAUUUUCACGGUAUGUAAGGGGCGAAUGCAAAACUGUACAGUAAGGUAAGCUUUUCUGCUCUAUUUUUGUCAAUCUGCGAAUAAGGAAGACCGAAUCAGAGAAAAACAGGGUAUAAUAUUUAAUACUUUAUAAAAAUGGCAAUAAUUAUCCAAUCUAAAAAGUCUAACAUGAAAAAGAAAACAAAUCGAUGAAUACGCCAUUUUCACAUCGAAGAAACCUGUACAACUAUUGUCAAGAAGCUUCCCCACAAGGAUUACAUGAAUAGGAAUUAAAACUGAAAUUGUCUUGCUUCUAUAAGCAGUUAAGCAUGUAUUUAAAUAUUUGAGAUGCCUUGAACCUGAGUCUUUAGUUAGCGGCUCAUCUUAAUGUGUGAUAUUUUUCAUAUAUUUACGGAUGCUUUCAUCAUAAUUGAAAAUUUCACCCAGGAAUUCUGUUGCUCAAGUAGGUAGCAAGUAACUGACUGGGCUCUUUUCCUGUGCAUCUCUGUUUGGGCUUUCUAUCCAAGGAGACAAAAGACAGACUGAGAUUUUAGAUUCCAUCACUGCUCUGAUGGCAAUCUAGGUAGACGACUGUCUAUAAUCUUUAGUGUCCAGAACCUGCUUACCACACAUGGCACAUAUACCUAAAAAUUUAAAUAUAGCAUUUAGCAUACUAGUUAGACUUGACCAUAUGAAUUUGCUACUUAAGUCAUAGUUAUGCAGCUGUUAUGGGCAGUGGUAGAAAAAGUUUACAUUCCUGCGAAGCGAUUUAAUCAAAACUCAAAUUCUUCUUUCUAAUGUUUUUUGUCUUUUAGCAUAUUGUUUUUAAAGAGCUGAUAAGCUACUUCAGCCUUCUUCGGCCUACAGUUAUCAGUUAUUAAGAGUUUUUACAAUUUGCCAAGUUUCUAUUUUUCGAUUGUUCAAAUAUUCAGAAAGCAAAAACAUUUGUAUUAUUAGUUUCUUACUCGGCAGCAAGCUUUUAUAACCAAUAAAAACUUCUAAUUGGUUCUGAAUUAUUUCUAAACCGUUACGUAAGCAAGCCAGUCCAUAAAAGGUAAUCAGGAUAAUUUUAGAUUUAUAAGAAACAACUACUUUUGAUAUGCAACAAAAAGAGGCUCCUGCUUUUGGCGUCUUGGGUCAAGCUCCUUUCUUUCUCAUCUUCGUUACAGUUACAAAAGAGACGUCCUAAAUUAAUCUUUCACUUUACCUUUUUGUAUUGCAAUAUACUUAAGCUGCACUGUUCUGAUAGUCUCAAUAAGAUAUUUGCAUCUAGUGUGACCCACAAUUGAAAAAGACAAAUAACUGGUCUUGAAUAUCGUCCUUUCUCUCAUUUCGCACUCGUUUCCUAUUUCCCGUGACCAUUUCUUUCUUGCAUUCCUAUUCAACUUUGGUCAUUUUUCCAAACAUGUUUUCUAGUUUCCUUAUAGCAAUUAAUUGUUUGCGCCGAAAAUAUUUGUAGAAUAACUUCUUGUAAUAAAGUACCGCAAAAAUGGUAUAAUUUGCGGAAGGGAUUUUCAAGAAUAAAAGCCUUCCCCCAAACUAUGCAGCAUUAAUUUUUGCGAUUGACAGCUUUCCUCUAGACACUGCGGGUUUAAAGUUUGUAAUCAAAAGUUUCUGACAUUGCACUCUUCCAAAAUUCCUGUUCUCAACAGAUCAGUCAGAGAAGAUACACAGUUUUGGUUGUGAUUUUAAGGGGCGGGGAAUUUUUAAGCGUUAUUUGACUUUGCCCUCCAUUUAUCUUCCCUUUUCUUCUCUACAUUCCUUUUUAUUCUUCAAAUCAUCCCUUCUUUUUCAUUUUCCCCUCUCUCUCUCCCUUCACUUUCUGCUUUUUUUCUUUCUUUCCUCUUUUCUUUCCCCUUUUUCUAAGGUUCCCAGCUUCACGCACUUUUUCCACCUCUGAUGAUCGUGAGUAGUUAAACAGUUAUUAAAUACCACAAAGGCUUGAUAUUCAUUAAUUAAAAAUCCUGGAUGGAAGACUCUCGUUCGCUGUGUCAUAUAAAAAGGUCUGACAGAGUAUUAACUAGAAGGUUUUCUUUUUGUACUUUUUAUACGGCUUUCUAUGAUUAAUUUACUAUAAAUUUUCAGCGAAAAAUUGCAGAAAACCUGAUAAAAGAGAAAUUUUACUCCUCAAAAAUCUAGAAAUCGCCAAAGACCUUUUGACCUAAAAAAUAGAUACCAUGGUCAUAAGUGAAGGCAUAAAGACACUUACCUUUUUUAUAUGCACAUCCUGUGUUUUAUUGUACAUGAAAGAAAAAUAAAUAGAUAAAUUACUAUCAUCAACGAGGAUCCUUGAAUAAAAAUUAAAAUAAAUUAGAAAACUGUCACAAUGUGGCAAAGAUACAGCUUUGUCUUACCACCCGCAAAUUCAAAUUUGAAAUGAUUACAUUUACUUAUCUAAUUGCAGCAAAAAUGAUUGAUUCUUCAAAAAUGAUUGAUUUGUAUGUAAUAAUAUUGGUGCCAUCCAAAGAUCCUUCGUUGAAAAUCAAUCAAGUCAUUUUCUAGGCCACUGGGAAUUACUUUUAAAAGGGAAAAUGGAUAUCUCCCGCACUCUAGUUUAUAAAAACCAGGCCUUAACUUUAUUCUUCUAAUGGCUGUAGAUCACUUCUAGGAUCAUGAGAAAUACGAAUCCACAUGUUCUUGCUUCUUAGACUGCCAACACUGGCUAAUACAGUUGCAAAUUGAAACAGUCAAAUAUUUGAACAGGUGGCAACGAGCUGCACGUAUGCUAAACAGGGUAAUUGGUGAGCAAAUACACCAGGAACUGCAAAUAUAAAGCUUAUUUUGACAAUCAUCAGCCUUUUUUUGACAAUCAUCAGCAGAUGAAAUAAGCCAAAUCUACUGUUCCUUUUUCCCAUCGUUAGCUAGAGUAUUCGACGUUUAUUUCUGCAUGGAGCUGCUGCUUAUAAGAACAUGAAAAAUUAGAUCCUACGUCAUUAUUGCGAAACUUACAAGUGAUUUCGCCCUCUUCCCACUUCCCAGUAACAACAACAAGAAAUGCCUGCCUUUACAGUAAUCGUACCAAAUUUUGGUAUAUGGUCUGUUUGUACCCAUUAUAACAUUGAAUUUCUUACCGAUCCUCUUCCAACUUAAAGCAAAGGUGAUUUUUAUUACUUACAUGAUAUCGCAUCUUACAUGACAUUAGGAGAAAUGCAGUUUUAGUGUUCAAUGAAGCAACUUUCAUGAUGGAAGAAGCCAGCCAGAUGUGGUAUCACGGAAUGAAAUUUCAACACGGAUGUAAAAGAGUGGGCCCUCUUUAUAUCCUUAGGAACUUUUGCUGGCAACAGCUUCAUUCCGAGUCCCAUGUACCAGCCCGAAUGAUUAUCCUUUCUAAGAAAAUGUAUUUCUUGCUUGAAAUUUCUUGGCAGCAUCUUUCAAUCAAGUUUACAAUAGGAAGCAAAACUUGACACUGAAAACCUAAUAUAAUCGUAUUUUUUUCCCUGCUUUGAACUGCAUUUCAUAACAGAGCGAAAUAUUUUGGUGAGUUUGCACUUUAGCGAUUAAUUUCAUAUUUUGGAGAUAAUUUUUGCGAUAAACUUUCAUAUUUAGACCAAGUAGCUUAAAUAAUAGCCAUCGAAAUUUGUUAUAAGCAACAACUUAACAGUUAUUGGUAUAUUCGGACUAAAUAAACGAAACAGGUUUCUUGAGCAACAAUUUUUCCAUUUGGUUUAAGCGAUAACCUUUCCUCUAAAGGAAAAAGCCCACUUAUUGGAUAAAGACGUUUGAACUUCAAAUAGCAUUUAAAAUUUGAUAUUGCUCAAAGCCACAUAUUGGUAUCAAACAUGUCAGCUACAAGGUGAAGCUAUGGGCCUAAACUUUAUUUUUUAACUUUAAACUUUAGAAAGAUUACAGGCCACUGAUUGGACCAUAGAAAUAAAUAUGUAAAGAGGACUAUAAUUAACCUUGGCAAUAAUGUGAUCCAGCUUGAUGCACGCUUUGUUUGCAUAUCUUGCAUUUAUUAAACUGGCCGUACGGGUUGAAUCUAAAAUAAAACGAGAAAAAUAUCAAAUAUAACCAAAGCCCAAAAGCCUGUAACGUGGGCACCCUACCCCUUGUGAGCAGAUUGCUGGGAUAAGGGAUAAGCCUUGGAAUGUCUUGGAAUUAACCUCAGAAAAGAGUGAUAUUAACCUCGAUCUCAAAAUGAAUGUGAUGGUACAAAAUCCAUUAAAAAAUAAAUGCACUCCUAAGUGAAUGAUAAUAGAUAACCAUUCGCGGAAAUUAGAGGUUGAAGUUUUGCGGAGAAUGCCCUAUAAAACAAAAACGCGCUUAAAGUGGCGACAGUUGACCUAGGACAACUGGCUUUAACAAGCAUACACAUUAUUUUGAUCCACAAUUCAGAUUAAAUUCUUGCAUUAAUCAUUUAAAAAUCUACAGGUAGUGUAAUUCGUUUAAAGCUAACAUUGAAUAUUCAUUUUGCAAAGCUACGCUAUUCAACGCAGGAAACAGCUUUUUUUCAAAAUGGAUCGCUGUUAAACGGCAAACAAUAGUUCCGUGGCUUUAGAGGGUGCAAGAAAGAACGCGGAAAUAAAAGAACAAUAGCACCAGUCAACAAGUGGAUGAUUUCGUAGAAGGAACGAUGGCAGGUAAUGAUGACUGUACAAAGAGCUUUGCCAUAACUUAGAACCGGAGCGGCGAUGAGACGAUGACCACUCAAAGGGAAUCAAGCAAGCAAUACGACACGCCGCAGGUAGAUUUCAGAUAUUUCUAUGUUGGCAAUACGAUUUACAAAUAUCUAUAAAAUGUUAUAUAAACUGAAAUAAUUUUCCUUUCACGUGACAACGACCUGAAUUCUUAGCGAAGGCCAUGUUAUCAUAUGGGUAUACCAGUAUGGCCUUCUUUUUGCCUUUGCUUUUCCCGAUGAAUAUUUGGACCUUUGUGGGCAAUGUUUGGCUUCUUCUUGGUUAACAGUUAAAUAUAAAGACCUUACUAUUUUACAUCAUGCCAAAAUAUUUUCUACUCCUUUGUUUCAAAUUUGGUCACUGCGAAAAUCAAAACAGAAGCAAACUUGUGCCGAAGACUGCCACGUGCGAUUAACGAAUUUGGCUUGUUUCUAGCAUUGAACAGGAGGGACAAGAGAUUGCUGGCAUGGAUAGAAUCUGCUGUACUUUAAGCGUGUUCGACUUUUUCACCAACAUCAAGAAGCACGUGGAAAUUAAGCCAGAGACCCCGCCCAGUGGAAAUGUAAAGGUUAGUUUGAAUUCAAGUACGUAGUCGCACCUUGUUAAUGGUAGUUCUAUGUAGCAUUUAAUGAACAUUUUGUGCACAGUGACAAAGGAGUUACAGUUCAGCUCGAUCAACAAUGCUCAGCUAAAAUAUUGAUGGGUUUUUCUUCGUAUCCUUUAAAUGAUUAGAGGAAGAACUCACUUAAUAUGUUAGCUCUGAUCCCAACAUCAAGUUAAAUUGUUGUGUAAACAAAAUUUAAAAAAAAAACCAGCAAAAAUUGAAAAAUGAAAGAAUAGCAACAGAAUAACAGAAAGCGAUUAACAAAGUAGCAUCGAAACAACAGUUAAACAAACUUACUAUAAUGAAGCCAGUUCAACACAAUCGAUAUCAGUUUAAAUUAAGAACAAAAUAAGAAACAUUUGAGAAUGAAAUUAUACGAAGAAUUAAGAAACGCCAGGCUGAAAUUGGAGCCAAGUGUGCUUAAAUAAAAGCAUGCAGCAGAAAAAGUCAAACAUUACACUGAGCAAGCAUGUGGGAGAGGGCUGCUGUAUCAAAAACUUAUUUGUUUGAUCAAUGCUUUAGUAUUAUAUAGCUUCCAGCAUAAAUAACCAAGCUUCUCUUUUCACUGCAAAUUGGGUCAUGGCGAUUUGAACCAAUCCAAAAACACUAAUGCACUCUCCAUUGGCCUCUCAAAUCAACAGUGCGGUCAACAUGACCUUGUUUUGUAAGAUAUAAUUCAAGACCAUUAUUCAGGUGAACGACAGAGCUGUGUAAUCAUUAAUCAAAAGAUUGGCUAGAAAUUUUCGAAAGCUGCCCAACAGCAGAACCUUCAUAGCAUGGUACUAUGUAAUUUUCAUGCCCCAAGAAAGGUGAAAAGAUCAUCUUUCCUAUGAAACGCUUUUUCUAUAAAAAUUGGUUAUGUCAGAUUCUGCUUAAAAACAGAUUAUCUCUUAUUCACUAAAAUUACUUGGUGAGAAUGAUGGUGAGAGUCGGUCGUGAGAAUUUACCAUCCCCCCUCUCCCCUCUCCUUAUCUCCGCUCUGAUGAUCUCUGCUAUAAAAUACACCUGUACACUUCGAACUGGGGUAGGGGAUAGAUAUUGGAUUUUAUAUGCAUGCUACCCGGCACGUAGAUGGUAGUUUUUCUCCAACAAUCUUCUCGCAAAUUCACCCCUAUGAAGCCCCUACCAAGCUCUUCCAAGCUAAAAAGUGCAACGCUUUAUUAUUCGUUUAAUAUCAGGUUUUAUAGGGUUAAACCAUAGAAAUAUUAACAGCUUUGCCGACUGUAUUGUGGGUUUUAGCCACUAGUAAGAGGGGCGAGUCACACUAGCGAAGGAGGUUAUUCAAUGAUCGAGAGAUCCAUAUCACAUGGUGUACCUCAAGGGAGUGUUUUAGGCCCCUUGCUUUUUUUCUUUACAUUAAUGACUUGCCAAAUGCAACAAAAGUUUCAAGUCCACAUCUUUUUGCUGACGACACAAGUCUCUUUUAUUCUCACGGUAACAUAUCCAUACUUGAAGAAAAUAUAAACACUGAGCUAGAGAAGAUAUCUCAGUGGUUUAUUGCAAAUUAGCUGUCGCUUAACACAUGUAAAUCAAACUAGCUAAUAUUUUCCCCAAAAAAUAAGAAAUCAAAU